UUUCGAACCGAGAAGUUGUGUCUGAGACAACAGCAGUAUCCAGCCAGUAGCCGUCGUUGGCACACGCGAUAUUUGAAUCGAUUCUUUUUUCGUAUUUUCGGAAGUGUUCGCCGACUCUACUUGCGACUGGCCACUCGUAAACAUUUGGAAAAAACAACAAUGAAGCUAAAAUCGGACCUGCUGAUCCAGCCGACCGGCGAGAUCUGGAAGCAGAUCCGAGUGGAGCUGAAGGAGGACGUGGCCAACAACGCGCGGGACCUACAGCAGAUCAAGGACUGGCUGAGGAAGCAGCCGCACCUGCCUAGCGAAUGGGAGGAUCAGCCGCUCAUGACCUUCCUCCGAGGCUGCAGCUUCUCCCUGGAGAAGUGCAAGUCCAAGCUGGACAUGUACUUCACCAUGCGGACAGCCUGCCCCGAGUUCUUCUCCAAUAGAGACGCUACGAAGCCGCCGCUGAAUGAAGUGCUGUUGACUAAAGUUCAAGGUCCCCCGCUCCCGGGGAUCACUCCUUCGGGCAGACGAGUCACAGUCAUUAGAGGAGUCCACCCCAACAUGGAGCAGCACCAGAUCACGGAAGCGCUCAAGCUGGCGCUGAUGGUGGGCGACAUCCGGCUGGUGGAGGAGCGGGAGGGCGUGGCGGGGGACGUGUACGUGCUGGACGCGGCCGUGCUCGGCCCCAGUCUGCUGGUCAAGCUGUCGCCGACGGUUAUUAAGAAGUUCAUGAUUUGUAUCCAGGAAGCGUACCCCGUGAAGCUGAAGGAGAUCCACAUCAUCAACACGUCGCCCAUCGUCGAGAGGUUCGUCAACUUCGUGAAGCCUUUCCUGAAGGAAAAGAUUAGGAAACGAAUCUUCAUCCACAAGGAGGUGAAGGACCUGUACGAGCAUGUGCCUCGGGAGAUGCUGCCUAAAGACUAUGGCGGCGACGGGCCCACCAUGGACGAACUGCAAGAGCAAUGGGUGGCCACGAUCCUAGAGUACAAGGACUGGUUCGCUGCGCAGGAGUCGAUCAAGUCGGACGAAUCCCUGCGACCCGGCAAGCCCAAGAACUAUGACGAGCUGUUCGGCAUAGACGGGUCGUUCAGACAACUCUCCAUCGAUUAGAACAAGGCUUGUGAUAUUCGUCUAGAUGGUGGAGCAGUGAUUUU